AUGAGUUGGGAGCUGACUAGGAAUUACUCAGAGGUGACUGAGUUUAUUUUACUGGGAUUCAGAACCCCUCCAGAGCUACAGAUACUCUUAUUUUUUAUAUUCUUGCUAAUCUACAUGAUCACUGUGGUCGGAAAUAUCAGUAUGAUAAUUAUCAUUAAAGUGGACUCCAGACUUCACACUCCUAUGUAUUUCUUCCUCAGAAACUUGUCCUAUUUAGAUCUCUGCUACUCCACAGUCAUUACUCCCAAAACUUUAACAAACUUCUUGUCUAAUGAAAAGAAAAUUUCUUAUAAUGGCUGUGCUGCCCAAUUUUUUUUUUUUGCCCUCUUUGUCACCACAGAAGGCUUUCUUCUGGCUGUGAUGGCAUUUGAUCGAUUCUCAGCCAUUUGCUCACCUCUUCUUUACCCUAUGCACAUGUCCCAGAAGGUCUGUGUUCAGUUGGUAAGUGGUUCAUAUAUCUGUGGAGGCAUCAACUCCAUAGUUCAAACAAGUUUCACUUUCAGUUUGCAUUUCUGUGGUGAAAACAGACUGGACCACUUUUUCUGUGAUGUCCCAGCCCUGAUUGAGAUUUCAUGUGUUGACACUUAUGUAAAUGAAAUUGUUCUCUUUAUUUUCUCAUCUCUCAUUAUUAUUGUGACCACAAUGGUCAUUCUGAUAUCCUAUAUUUAUAUCCUCUCUACUGUCCUAAAGAUCCCCUCCACACAGGGCAGGAGUAAGACCUUCUCUACCUGUGGUUCCCAUAUAGCUGUGGUGAGUUUAUUCUAUGGGACCGUGUUCUUUAUGUAUGCUCAACCUGGGGCCAUCUCCUCUCCCCAGCAAAACAAGAUCAUUGCUGUGUUCUACACACUUAUAAUACCAAUGCUCAAUCCUCUAAUAUAUAGUCUGAGAAACAGAGAUGUGAAAGAUGCUGUGAAAAAAAUACUAUACAGGAAAUGA